AUGCCCAUGCCCCCAGCUGCCGGAGCCGUCGCGUUGCACUCUUCCCUAUUGUCCAUGCCUUCUGAGAAACCAUCUUCUCCUUUAAAAUCAACCCUUCUUCAUGUGGCUCCCAAACCCAAAAGCCUCCUCCAAAGCCACCCACUUUACCCCCCAACCCAUGCCAAACUCUCCCUUGAAUUCAAAGAGAAAAUUCUCUGCCUUGAGGUGAUGGGUGUUGAUGCAGGCAAAGCACUCUCCCAAAACCCUGACCUCUGCACAGCGACCAUGGAAUCCAUUCACUCCAUAAUCACCUUCCUUUUCUCCAAUGGCAUUCUAGAAAAGGACCUGCCCCGAAUCUUUGGCAUGUGCCCCCAGAUUCUCACCUCUGACAUCAAAACUGAUCUCACCCCAGUUUUUGAUUUCAUCUUGAAUGAACUCAAAGUCCCCGAACAUAGCUUCAGAAGGGUGGUCAACAAGUGCCCAAGAUUGCUUACAUCCAGUGUGAAAGACCAGCUUAGGCCAGCUUUGGUUUACCUAAGGAGACUUGGAUUCAGGGAUUUGGGGGCCUUGGCUUAUCAAGAUUCUGUUCUCUUAGUGUCUAGUGUAGAACACACCCUCAUCCCUAAACUGAGGUUUUUAGAGAGUUUGGGACUUUCCAAGGAUGAGGUUAGGAGCAUGGUGUUGAGAUGUCCAGCACUGCUUACUUUCAGUAUAGAAAAUAAUUUUCAGCCAAAGUAUGAGUAUUUUGCUGGGGAAAUGGGUAGAAAAUUGGAGGAGCUAAAAGAAUUUCCUCAGUACUUUGCUUUUAGUUUGGAGAAUAGGAUAAAACCUAGACACAUGGAGGUUGUGCAAAGUGGAAUCACUGUACCUUUACCAGUGAUGCUUAAAAGCACUGAUGAAGAAUUUAGGGAGCUGGUAAAGCAAGGGGGUGGGUGA